AUGCAGGCCAAGAGCGGCGACAUGACAGUCGGGGUCCGGCGCGGGGAUGUCGUGGCUCGGCGGGACCAGGCCUUCUGGCAGAAGGCCCACGGCGCCCUGUUCGGCCUCGCGGGCCAGAUGACCGCCGGCCAGGUGGCGGACACCUUGCUGGCCGUCGCGACCGCGCAGCUGUGCCCGGUGAACCUGCUCGAGGGGCUCCAGGACCAGCUCCGGCGGCUGCGCGGCGAGCUCGAGGCAGACGAGGCCAUCACCUGCGCGUGGGCGCUGUGCUCCAUGCAGCUGCUCUCGGAGGGGCUCCACCCCGAGCUGCUGGAGCGGGCUGUGGGCGGGGAGCUCGCGGGCAAGCAGGCGGGCCAGCUGCGACAGGUGGCCUUGACGAUGGAGCUGGAGCCCGCCGCCCUGCGGGCGCGCGAGGCGUUGCCAGAGCGGCUGCGGGCGCGGCUCCGCGAGCGCGCGGACGCGGGUGCAGAGCACGGCCAGGGCGACGAGGGCGUCGCGGAGGAGCUGGCCGAGCUGCUGGGCGAGAGCGGCGCGGGGCUGGCGCUGUCCGAGCAGGUGGGGGGCUUCUACGUGGUGGACCUGGCGGUGCGGCCGCGGGAGGGCCCGCCGAUCGCCGUGCUGCUCGACGGCGCCCUACGGGGGCGUUGGCCGACCACCUGCACCGGGGCCUGGCCGGGCCGGCCUUGCCCCACGGGCUCAGGAUCGGUGCGUGCUCGCCGCUCUCCCCUGGCCGAGCCGGGGGGGCGGCGCCCACCGACCGCGGGCCCAGGGCUCGCCUGGCGCAGCGCAGCGGUGCAGGUGCUCAAGUGUCGGCACCUGCGCCGGCUGGGCUGGGCCGUCGCCUGGCUGCCAGCGCCCCGCUGGCGCUUCGGCUCGGACGAGGACCAGCGCGGCAUCGCCGCGGCGCUGCUCUCCGAACUGAACAGCCACGCCCGCCCGGUGGCAUUCCGCGUGCCGUGGUGCCGCUCGCUGCGGGCAGGCGGCUCGAGGGCGCCCAAGGGGCGGCAGCGGGCCUGGGCCGGGCCUCUGCGGCAGCCCGCCAUGGCGCCGCAGCCGCGGCCGGCCGGGCCCACCAGCGGCGGAGGCCCUGCCUUCGGCCUCCUGCCGGCCGCCCUCGUCGGCGUCGCUGCCGCGAAGCUUGCGACGGGCGACCUCUGGGGGGGCCUCGGCCUCGUCCUCCUGCUGCUGCUGGGGUCGUGCUCCCCGGCGACUGGCUCGGAGCAGUGCAGCUUCCUCCUCGCUCGCGGCUACUCCCUGCUGGCGGUGGCCGUGGCCUUCCGGGACGUCCUGCUCGGCAUGCGCUUCCUCCACACUCCGAACACGGGAUCAACGGCCGAGGGGCCCUCCUGGCCGCGAUGUUGUCCUACACCGUCCCGACCUUGCUGCUGCUGUCGGCCCUGGGCCGCGACGACAGGACGCUGA